GUGAUGACUUUUCAGAGAAAUGAAUAUUUGUGGACUAGAUAAGUCUCCCAAGACUAGCUUAUUUGCUAAUUGGCAAUAUGGGGAGAAGAAAGUUCAAGGCCCCAAUAGAUGAUUUGACAGAGGAGAGGAGAUAAGAAAGCUCAACACGGAAACAUGGCAAUAAAUAGGUAAACGGGAAGGACUUCCUCUUCCUCUAGGAACUUCCUUGUUACUUUCUCAGGAAGGACUAAUAAUUAUAUGUCUUUUUAAUAUUUUUGUAUACUCCUUAAAAAUGACUUAACCAUACGGAAUACGUCUCAUCUACCUUAGAUCGAUGUCUCACUUGAUUAGCACUACACUGAUUGGAACUUGAUUAGAAAAAUGUAAUAAAUGACUUGUCAAUUUGCCAAAAUAACUAUUAGUAUUAGUUAGUAGCGGAGGAGUAAUAUUAAUUGUUAAAGAAUAAGUCCACACACUUGAAUUCUCAGUUCACAAUACAAUACUAUACUAUAAAUAAACACCCGCUUUCUCAUUAGUGUGUGUAGGUUUAACUUUUCAGGGGCCUCAAAUUUCUGUUCAAAAUGUUUUCUCUCUUGGACUUGGAAAUCGGAAAAGAAAAGAAGCACACUACACAAAUGUUUAGGGGAACCAUUAAUCAUCUUUUUGCAAUAUUCAUCAUCAUCUUUCUGCAAACAUGCAAUGCUAGGAAGAGCAAACACUAUUGUGUCCCUUCUGCCUGUGGCAACAUCCAUAACAUAAGCUUCCCUUUUCGCUUAAACACCGAUCCACAAUAUUGCGGUUUUCCAGGAUAUGAAUUAGCUUGUGAAGGUAACAAAACCAUUAUAUCGACAUCAUCCAAGAAGCUGUAUGUGCAAGCCAUCAAUUAUGGUAACAACACAAUUCACCUUGUAGAUCCAUCUUUACAAACACAAGAUAUAUGCUCUAUAAUACCUCCUCAUCUUACAUUCCACCAAUACAAUAGUAGUAUCUUUUACUCAUAUUAUUAUGGAUAUAUUGGAGUAGCAGAGCCUAUUUUCAUGUUCAACUGUCCAUUUGCUAUUAACACGACCACCUCUACAUUUCUGGAAAUUACUGGCUGCAAAUUAAGCGCACACACUUACUUAAAGAUUGGAGAAAUGAAUGUAUCUGAAGUCAGUGAUGGAUGCAGAGUGGAACUUGUAGCUCUGACCUCUUGCCCUAACAUUAAACAUAACAACAACAUUUCUCUUUCUGAUUUUCAUCAAGCAAUCAUCUAUGGGUUUGAGCUUCUUUAUUAUCCGAAUAGGGGAGUCACGUUUGGUGUUAUUCAAUUGAUUGUCUGGAGCACCAAGAUGCUAGCUCAGUUUUUCAUAUUGUAUUUGGUAGCAAGAUUUGUGAUCGGCCUACCAAUCAUAAUUGUAUUUCUGAUGAUCAAAUUCAAAAGGAGGCAUUUGUCCAUGUAUGACAUGAUUGAAGGCUUUCUGCAGACACAAAACAAUUUUAUUCCAAUCAGAUAUAAUUACUCCCACAUAAAGAGAAUGACCAGAGGGUUCAAAGAGAAAAUAGGCGAGGGAGGUUAUGGCAAAGUAUAUAAAGGAAAGCUUCGCAGUGGCAGGGAUGUAGCAGUGAAAAUGUUGAGCAAGCCUAAAGCUGGUGGAGGUCAAGAUUUCAUGAAUGAAGUAGCUACCAUUGGAAGAAUUCAUCAUGUGAAUGUAGUUGGACUCGUGGGGUAUUGUGUUGAGACAACAGAGCGCGCUCUUGUAUACGAUUUCAUGCCCAAUGGAUCACUUGAUAAGUACAUCACCAGUCAGGAAGGAAGUCCUGUGUUAAGUUGGCAGAGGAAGUAUGAAAUUAUUGUUGGAGUGGCUCGAGGAAUUGAGUAUUUGCAUCGAGGCUGUGAGAUACGAAUUUUGCACUUUGACAUCAAGCCUCACAACAUUCUUUUGGAUGAGAAUUUUAUCCCAAAGAUUUCUGACUUUGGACUUGCUAAACUAUAUCCAACAGAUAAUAGCAUUGUGACUCUCACAGCUGCUCGUGGAACGAUUGGAUAUGUAGCUCCAGAGUUGAUCAGCAGAAGCAUUGGAGCAAUCUCUUAUAAAGCUGAUGUUUACAGCUUUGGAAUGCUACUAAUGGAAAUGCUAGACUUGAAGAGAAAUGUCGCUGUAAAUGAAGAAAAUUCCAGCCAAUAUUUUCCCUGUUGGGUUUAUGAUAAGUUUAACAAAGGAAAGGAGAUUAUGGUGGAUGAAGAAGCCAAUGAGGAUGAAAAGAAGAUAAGCAGAAAGAUGACUAUUGUUGCGUUAUGGUGCAUUCAAACAAAUCCGGUACAACGCCCUUCAAUGAGUGUAGUAGUGGAAAUGCUUGAAGGUGAAGUUGAAUCUCUAGCACCACCUCCUCAGCCUCUUCAAUCUCAACCAAUUGCUCCAUUGUUUCAUCAGAUGGAAAGUUCUAUAACGUACUCGUCUGAUUCAAUGGCUUUGUUAGAAAAUGCUGCUAAUAAUCCUGUUGAAUUAGACAUAUGUUGUGAUUGAUUCAUAGUUGAUGUAAUGUUUUUUGUAAAAUGACAUUCUAUGAAGUUUGUUGUACUAAUUAUGACAGGGUAGUUGCCAAUCACAUUAUUGUUGCAGUAAAUGACUCCGCACUUCAACACUGAAAUUUCCAUCACUUUCUCCUUUUUGCUGGUGCA